AUGUCGUCCGCUGCCGUGGUAGAAGACGCGCUCGAGCCAACGCUUCAAAACAUCCUGGAUCAAAAGACGCUCAAAUGGCUCUUCGUCGGAGGUAAGGGCGGUGUGGGAAAGACCACCACCUCCUGUUCGCUUGCGAUUCAACUCGCGAAAGUACGCGAGUCGGUGCUGCUCAUCUCGACCGACCCUGCACACAACCUUUCGGAUGCGUUCGGACAAAAGUUUGGCAAAGAAGCCACCAAAGUUAACGGAUUCGAGAACCUGUCCGCUAUGGAGAUCGACCCCAACUCGAGCAUCCAGGAGAUGAUCGAGCAGUCGGACAGCAACGGUGGUGCGAUGGGGUCCAUGAUGCAGGACCUCGCGUUCGCCAUCCCUGGUGUAGACGAAGCCAUGGGAUUUGCCGAGAUCAUGAAGCACGUCAAGUCGAUGGAAUACUCCGUCAUCGUCUUCGACACUGCACCUACCGGCCAUACUCUCCGCUUCUUGUCCUUCCCAAGUGUCCUCGAAAAGGCUUUGGCCAAAUUCAGCACGCUCGGACGAAGUCUUGGACCCAUGCUCGGGCAAUUCCAAUCCAUGCUCGGCGGAGGUGGUGCCAACCAAGAAGACAUGUUCGCCAAACUCGAGAGCAUGCGUGAAGUCAUCACCGAAGUCAACACGCAGUUCAAAGACCCGGAAAAGACGACGUUCGUCUGCGUAUGCAUCGCCGAAUUCCUCUCUCUCUACGAAACCGAACGCCUGAUCCAGGAGCUGACGAGCUACGAGAUCGACACGCACGCCAUCGUCUGCAACCAGCUGCUGUAUCCGAAGAAGGACAGCAACUGCCAACAUUGCCGAGUGAGGAAGCAGAUGCAGGACAAGUAUGUCGGGGAGAUGAUGGAGCUAUACGCGGACGAUUUCCACAUUGUCAAGAUGCCGUUGUUGACCGAGGAGGUGAGAGGGACGGACAAGUUGAAGGACUUCAGCAAGUUUUUGGUACAGCCCUAUGUUCCAUCGCAGGAGUAA